CAUCUCGAGCUAACGGAAAAGAUCCGACGGAUAACCCAUGCAACGAGUGUGCGCCGACGGGAAUUCGCUGCAAGCCGUGUAAUAGCGAGUUGGGGAGUUGAUAGCCGUAAAGUUAGGUGAGGCAACAAUAGCGGGGCAAUUGCCGAUGCCGGGCAGUACUCCAACGGCUAUCUAAGAACAUCGGUAUAUUGGUAUUAUGUCGGCAUUACAUGAACAAGAUCUCAUCAAGAAAACGUACUGCAUACACUUAGUCUUUGAAAGCUUUCUCCAAGUUUCGAAGGAACAAAAACACAUCUAAAGCGAUGUCUAGACCUGAAGUGCGAAUCCCUCAAGGUACUGUUGUAGGCACCACCUUACGCGGCGACUACCCUCGUGCGGUUGAAGCCUUCAAGGGCGUUCCUUAUGCAUUACCACCAACAGGUGAACGCCGCUUCCGACCACCAGAGAAAGUGGCACCAAGUCAGGAGACUAUCGAUGCCUCAAACUUCGGUCCAAGAGCGCCAGCACAGCAGUUCAUCGUGCUUGGACCGACGCUCGAGGAGAGUGAAGACUGCCUUACUGUUAACAUCUUCCGACAAGCUGAACACAAUGGAUCAAACGCCCUGCCAGUGGCAGUGUAUCUUCAUGGAGGGGCUUUCAAUCGGGGAAAUGCCGCAAUGCAUGACACUGCAUCCAUGGUGGGAUGGUCUGAACUUCCGUUUGUUGCAGUGUCAUUCGGCUAUCGUAUAGGAGCCCUAGGCUUUCUACCAUCAAAGCUGAGCGCCGCAGAAGGCGCGCUCAACUUAGGUCUGAAGGAUCAGAUGUGCUUGCUGGAUUGGGUUGAAGAGAACAUCCAGCACUUUGGGGGUGAUAGGAACAACGUAACGCUCAUAGGACUUUCAGCCGGCGCACAUUCUAUAGGACACCACCUCUUGAAUUACCAAGAGGGCAAAAAGCCUAAGUUUCACCGUGUUGUCAUAGAAUCUGGAGCUCCAACGUCCCGCGCCGUCCGUAAGCCAGACGCAGAAAUCCACGAGAUGCAAUUUGCCGACUUCUUGAAGAAAGUUGAAUGUCCAUCAUCACUACCCGAGUCAGAGAUAUUUACCUACCUCCGUAAACUUCCGACUUCCGCAAUCGCUAAAGCCCAAACUAAGGUCUUCCAAAAGUAUAACCCCAGUCUACGUUGGGCGUUCCAGCCAGUGAUUGAUAACGAAAUCAUUCGCCGCCGUCCAAUUGACGCCUGGCGAACAGGGAAAUGGCACAAAAUGCCAAUCAUGACCGGAUUUCAAGGCAACGAAGGCUCACUGUAUGUGAACAAAAACAUGUCGACCUCUGCAGAUUUUCUGGGUUUCUGGAAGACAUUGCUGCCGCAGAUGAGCGAAGAUGAUAUUCAAACGAUAAACCGUUUGUAUCCUGAUCCGACAGAGGUACCCGAAUCCAUCUAUAAAGAGACACGACUCGAGCACGGUGUUGGCCCAAUGUAUAAGCGUAUCGAAGCGGCUUAUGCACACUAUGCAUACGUGGCCCCAGUCCGUCAAACGGCUUUCUAUGCUAGCCAGGAUACCCCCGUAUAUCUAUACCACUGGGCAAUGAAGCGGGAUAUCGUCUAUGGAGCUCGUCACGCAGACAACAUGUUCUAUGAAGUAAGAGAUCCUUCAUUCAUCGCGAAGUCUAAGAGCCAGGACGAGUUGUCGGGUACUCUGCAUGCCUACGUCACUAGCUUCGUUUGUACCGGCACCCCAAAUGCGCUUGGCGGCUCGUAUGCCAACAGAACGGAAUGGAAGCCUUACAAUAGAUCAGAUCCGAAGGUGAUGAUCUUUGGAAGAGACAAUACGGAGUUGAUUGGUGGAGAGACUAUCGGCGAGCCGGCUAUCAUGGUUAGUGACACUUAUGCGAAAGAGGAAAGUGAUUUUUGGUGGUCCAAGGUUGAGCUGUCUCAGCAGUAGUUCUCUAAGUGUACCAGGGGUUCACACAUGUGUAUCGAGAGCCCUCCAUGUUCU